AUACCAAAUAACAAAAUGAAAUGUCCAAAAGUUUUUUUUAGAGAAAUGAAAUGUCCAAAAGUUAAAUUAACAAAUUACCCAGUAUCUCCAUUUUUAGCAACUAAUUAAGCAAAUUACCCAGUAUCUCCAUUUUUAGCAACUAAUUAAGCAAAUUGAUCGGAGAUCCGAAUUUGACUUGCAGCUCCGAUGUCUGCUACAUGGAGCUUCAAUCCUCCAUCGACCCACGAACUUGUGCUCGACUGUUCGUUCUACUCCAUUUCUUCAUUCUGAUUCUACUAUGCUCUUCUCGUUACUCUACUUUAUAUAUAUAUAUAUAUAUAUAUAUAUAUGGUGACGUAUUCGGUGCACCCACUUUUUUGGGUGCACUGAACGCACCCACUUUUUUGUUUAAUCUCAACCGUUUAACACAUCUAACGGUUACAAUAAUUUCAUUUAUUUAUAAUUAAUUAUUAACUAAUCAACUAUAUUAUAUUUAUUAAAACAAUUUAUACUUAAUUGUAAUUGCAACUAGGCCCCUGACUUUAACUGUCUUCCCCGAUUCUUCUCUCCUUUUAUCCGAACCAUCUUGUUCCUCUCACCCAACAGAGACCACUUAAUUUAAUCCCUCACAGCAAAAGAGAGAACAGAAAACAAAUAAAUCCUUCCUUCCUCUGGACUUGUUCUUCCUCCUUCCUCUGCUCCCUGUUCCCGUUCUCUUUCUUCUUCUCGAUAUCUCCUUCUUAUCCUCUAAUUCUCCUUCUCAUUCUCCAAUUCCAAUCUCAACUCCGAUGCUUGCUUCAUCAAUUCGCCGGGAAACAUGGAAUUGGCGGGCAUGCAAGGAGGAACCGCGACGAAGACUCGGUCGAAUCCGACGGGGAAGUUGCCGGAAGGAUUAGCCACAGAAAUAGGUCCGGAGACCGACGAGCUGGCGGGGGUGCGUUUUCCCAACCUGCCCCCUUCAAUCAAACCAUCGGCCACCAACCAGCAACAGAGCAUCUUUCGAGGAGGACAAAACCAACGGCGUAGAUCUAGAUUCUGGAUAGAGACGACAAACCCAGCUACCGCCGUAUCGAAGUUUGGAGAGAAGACUGAAGAGCACAAGGGGUUGCAGGCCACGAAGCGGAUGGACGAGCGAAGGAGGUUGAACGGCCUGGAGGCGACUAGCCGGAUUUGUGUUGCGUUUCGUCUGUUCGUGGGGUGGUCGAGAAUUGAAGUUCGAUCGUGAACACAAACUGUUUUUUGUGGAGAUUGGGUCAAGGGCGGUACACAGGCGACAAUUGCAUUAAUUUUAGGUAGUACAUAUGCUGGAAACAUCGUUUAGGAACGAAAGAACAAAAGUAUAAUGAGGUUGAAGAAGGGCAAAGGGUAUGUUUGAUCGAAAAGUUAUCGGCUGACCCAUGUAAUUAUGUUAAUGGGCUUCGUGAUCCUGCUUGGCUAGUGGGGUUUCUUUUUGUAAGUGAAGCCCGCACGUAUAAAGGCUUGAGUUUCGCCAAAAAGAAUGUAUGUAUGAAAAAAUUAGAACCCACCUCGUCAGGUUCGUACCACGAUUGUUAAUUAAUCGUUAACAUAGCCAGGGAUUUAAACCACUAGAAUAGUAGCCCACCACUUGUGCCAGUGACAACCUGUUUUGAUUUUAAUAAUAUCGAGCCAAAUCAUCAAAAAAGGUGUUUCAUCGUAGACUUGAACCUCGUAACAAGAUCAACCAUCACCCAAGUAAACAACUUAAACCAGUACCACUAGUUGGCCGCUUGCCACCUGUAAAAAUAACGAUCUCUUAUGACCUUAGAUUUAAACUUUAAUUCGUAAUAUUAGUUGAUUGUGGUAUGAAUCAUUCGGUUCUGAAAUUUGGAAACAGUUAUCCAACCUUGGUUAAUAGAUUGCGUGAAGGAAAAAAAAAAAAGUGGUAGCAUAUGUAAUUCAAUUUUAUGACUGUUGUCAACUACACAUAUCUUUCAUAAGACUACAAGUAUUUUGUUGUUCAAUUUUAAAAGUAUCAUUUAUGGUACUGAAAUAGUAUGUACGAUGGAUUCCAUAAUUAUCAUGUUAGCGAGGCACAAAAUCGGAAAAAGUAAUCCCAAUGUAAGCUAUUUUGUAUGAAAGAGCGUAACACGAUAAGACCAUAAAUCGAUCGGUAUUUCUGGGAUAGAUUCGAUAGUAUACCCGUAAUCAACCAACUCGAAAUCAGUCAUCCUGUUUAAAAACACGAACCAUGUUUCUUCAUGUUUUCUCACAUCACAUUCUCGAGCUUACUCGACUAACUUGUUUAGUAUUUAGUAAAGGAGGUCCAAAUGGAUCGUCCCUCAGAUUGAACAUCAAAGUUCUUACAAAACCUCCUUCAUUUCACCCUUAAACUUCUCUCGACAAUUAACGUUUGGAUUGUUCUUCGUGAAACAUGGAAUGAAAGUAGACCACAAGUAAUCAAGCUAAUUUAACUCAUAUGAAGAUCAAGUGAUAGAUUUUGAGUAUGAAACAAUGAGUACAUCAUUUAGGCCAAGAUUGACGGUGACUAAGUAGGUCAUCCAUUGACGGGUUCAUUAAGCGUUCUUAAAGCGGCGGCGUUGAUACUAGAGCUGACCAAGUGCCCAUCCCACCUUUUCUAUGUUCAACACAAUCCAUCCUUGUAUGAGUGGAGUCAUUAAGUUGCAUGUUUCAAUCCUCUUCCCCAUUACUCAUAAAAGAGGAACCCUCGAUUCAGGUACAAAAGACUAUCAUUACCACAUGCACAAUACUGCUUCAUUCGCUAAAUGUCACUGCCUGAUACUAGCAUUGUUUCAACAUUGGUCAUGGUGCACGCUACCAACAUGGUUCAGUGAGUUGUUAUCAAUAUGGGUGGACAUAACAAUAAAGACGUCACAGCGAA